AUAUUUUCUCAAACGCCAUUUUUACUUGAAAAUCACGAGAGUAAUUCGAUUUGUUGAUCAUAGUUUUGUUGAAUACACCAGUAAUUUUGUGAUUUUACAAAGAAGAUUGUGAAGUUUAGUUAAAUCAAAUAAAAUCCUACCAGUUUGACUAAUCCACGAAGUUCAAGGCAGCAAAAUGAGUGAUUCACCAGAUCAAAAUGACCCACCAAAAGAUCCAAAAGAAUUGGAGAAGCUAGAAGAAGCAAAACUGAAGGCAAAGUUCCCAAAUGCAAUGCUUGGGAGAGGUCCAGGAGGACACUCGGCUUUCCUGCAGAAAAGACUGGCUAAAGGACAAAAAUUCUUUGACUCUGGAGAUUAUCAAAUGGCUAAACAGAGACCUGGAAAUCUUGCUGCUCCUUUCAAAGCGCCCGCAGUCCCCGCCAAGCUGCCGACCGGUGAUGCCAUCCCCACCCCUGAGACUGUGCCAGUGAGGAAAACUUCCAUCAUCCAGCCUAAAUUCCAGCAGUCGAGUCAGACUUCCUAGCCUCGCCCGCCCGCUGCAGGCACGAGGACCUGCAACUAAUCACUAAUGUUACUAUUCCAAACUUAAUUUUGCUAAUGCAUCGCACUUAAGCAUCGCUUUUAAUUUUAACAAUUAUAACACCAUUUCAGUAGUUUAUUUGUGUUAGUUGUUUUCAUCACAUACACUUGGGCACUGAAACUUUAUUUCGAUUUGAUUUUUUCAUCAUAAUUAAGUAGUGUAUGUUGAAAUUUAUCAAAACUUUUUAAGAACAACUGUUAUUGUAUAAAGCAAUUAGGUGUAAUAUUGCAUGUUGGGUAUGUGUGUUUAUGUUAUUCUUGCAAUGUUGCAGUUGUGUUAGUUGAGGAACUUUGUUGUUGGCUGUCAUCAGCAUAGAUUUCGUGAAGUCUCAAUGUGCUUGCCAUUGAUAGCAUUGAUAAUGCACAGCCAGAUAUUGUAAAUUGAUUCCAAAUUAGAGUUGGUUUGGUAUACCAUCAUACAUUUUACAGAAGUUCAAUUGUGUAAAACAUGUAUGCUUACAUUAAUUUAUGGUAUCUUCUGUACAUAGCCUAAAAUUCAUACUAAUACGGCAGCCAAAUGUAGGCACAUUCUACGAACAUACCACACAAUGCCAUGUAAUUAGAUAUAGGGUGUAUUAAGGGGUUGACAUUUUAAACUGGGUCAAAUGAAUCAAUUUCAUGCUUUCAUAAAAUAAAUAACAAUAGCAUAAAUAAAAACAAUAAUUAUUAUAUUACAUACAUAAUUCUUAAGUAUACUGGCAUAGAUCAAAAUUUGGUCCCUGUACAUAAAAAUUGUUGAAGGUGUAAAAAUGUAUGGAUUCUGAUAGGUCUGCUCUCUAGUGCGAUACCUCGGGAUACACUACUAGUUUUAUGAUAGCUAGUACGUAAACAAUAGGUGUAAAGGGAAUUUUAUUUUUUUAUAAUGUAAUUGUAAUAAAAGACAAGUGUCAAAUCAAGUGACCUAAUAUUAGUAUGCAUCAUUAAUGAUGUAUAUCAUACUUUUCUCGUUUAUUGUGAUAUCUAAUAGAUUGUCAUCCAAAUGAAGGUGUUCAAACCAACAAGCCAGCAACUGUGCAUCCUAAAGCACAAAUAUUUAUACUACUAUCUAUCAUGUUUACUUGGAUAUUAAUUAUCCUUGUUAUUUUGCAACACAGCAGUAUGACAAUCUACUUAUAAUCACAUGGAGUUCAAUCUCAAAACUUGUUCUGGAAUAUAUCUUGCAAAAAAUAUCCCAAUAAAAGAAAGCACAUAGAAAGACAGUGACGUCAUGUACAAACCACGGAGUGUAUGUUCACACAAGUGAUAUAAUUAUGU